ACAGCUCGCGCAGUUUUGCGUCGAAUCUGCUCAGCAUCGGAUGCAGCUCGUCGUUACAUAAAACAUAUAUCAAUCAUCGUGUGCAUCUCUCGGAGCUCGCUCGAGCUCGUAAUAUAUAAGUGUGAACCUAUAUGAGAUGCAGCAGUGAUAAAGAGACAAAAGUCGGGCGGUAAUCAUCGUGUGUUGAAUCGAUGCGGCCUGUUUAAUUACACGCUCGAGCUGGUGCACGUGUGAGCAAUAAUAAUAAGUACGUCAUAAAAAAAAAAAACACCGAGGAGAACAAUCGUCGAGUGUGAUCACAGAGCACCCGCACCCGGUCUACUCGAGCCGAACAAUUAUUAUAAAAUUUCUCGCUCAGUUCGAUACACAGUAAUCGGCGACAGACAUCCUGUCGUGCCUAUUUUCUAUGUGCAUUGUGCGUGUGAUUUUUAUACAUCGUAAUUAUAAUAUGCAUGUGUAGCUGCGCGUAUCGUCGUGCAGAGCUGCAAUUCGUGGUGCACACAUCACGGCAGUUUAAUCGCGCGCUAAUACACACGCAAAGCAACAAGAGUGUGCCGCGGCGCUAUUAAUAGAGAAAAGGAGGAGUGUCAGUAAAGAAAGCAGCAUGGAGCCAGAGAAGGUUUAUGAUUUAAGAAGCCGGAGUAGAUCUAGAUCAGAGACUCCAAAUCUCUUUUCGAAUAGAAGCGAAGAUGGUUCAGAACCUCGCUAUGAUUUGAGAAGGCGUAGCAGUAGAGAAAGGUCUAUGACACCCGCAGAACUUGACAGCAGAAGAUCAUCAUCUAGAUCACUGCCUGGUUCAGUUGUAAAAAAUAGGGUAAAAAAUAUGGACAUUAUUGUUGAAAAUUCACCAAUCAAUGACACAAUAACAAAUAGUUUUUCGUCUGAUGCAAAUGACAAUACAACUAUUGAACCAAUUAGUACUAUAGAAAAAACAGUGACUAAAAGUACUAGGAAAAGUGAACGACGCUCUGAAAGUCAAAAAGUUAAAAAACAAUUACUUUUGAAUGGACAAAGUGAAAAUAAAGAUGGUUCUUUAGAUUCACAAUCUGGUACAAAGAGUAAAACCCGCAAAAGAAUUAUAACGAGUGAUUAUUCAUCUGAAGAAGGUGAAAAAGAAGAGGUAUCUAAGUCAAGUUCUGCAAAUUCUGCUUAUGAAUUUUAUAAGCAACACCCUGAUUAUUGGAAUAAGUUUCCAAAAACCGAUUACACAUACUCGAAGACUUCCAAAUGCCGCUAUGAAGUUGCACCGGGAGUAAUGGCCAGACCGAAUAUGUCACGCUGCUCUCUGCACUCAGAAGGCAAUAAUAGUUUUCUCAGCAAUAGUCAAUCUUCGCUGAAAGAUAGCUCGAUGGAAGAAAAUAAUAUAGCUGCUAAUCUUAAUAAUUCAAAAUCGAAAAAUACUGAUCAGUUCUCCGUGUCCUACAAAAAAACCAUGGAGUACUCGUCGAUCAGACGCGAUUACAGUCUUAACAACUCUAUUAACGAUAAUAAAAUUAAUGAAAGAUAUGAAGCCUGGGCGACUCCCUUGCUGAGCUCGCAUAGUCGAUCCCGAAUCAGUAAUAAUUUAGAUUCGGAUACUGAAAUGGACGAACUCGAUUCCGUACGACAAAGCAGUAAAAUAUCGACGUUCGUCAGCUUCAUUUGGACGUGUAUAUCAGCUGUAUUUCAUUUCGUAACUUUUGGAUACUUAAGGAAGCAGAGUCAGUAUUCAUCAUAUACUAGUCACUCUUAUCGGCGUUACGAAGAAACAAAAUGGCAGAAAGUGAAAAGCUGGAUAGGCAGUAGUUUUCGUCAAGUCUAUUUGACACUCGUCAACGUUAUGCUUCUCGACACGUGGCUCCUCAGCAAAGCUACCAAUAUUCGCCAACGAGCUCAAGGCCGACGUUCAAAAAUACUUUGGCUCGUACUUCUUCCGCUUCUUUGCGUUAUAGGUUGUUGGUUUUUGCCGCACUCUUUAGCCAUGUUUUCAUUUUCGACUGAAAACUUUUCGUGGUGGAAGCAAAAGGCUGAUACACCUGAAAUAUUUAGUAGUCAGAGCCAUCAGAGAAAUGUUGAAUCAAAUUUGGAGUUAAAGAGAAUCGUCGAACAACUUAUUACCAGAGUACAUGAAUUAGAAACCAACUCUACUCGACAAUAUAAUCAACUAGUUGACGUCGAUGAAGCUGUCAAUAAUCUCAAAAAUGGCAACAGCGAGUACUGGAAGCUCUAUGAAAGUAAAUUAUCAAAUCUGAAGCAAGAAGUAGAUGAAUCGAGUGAUAGUAAUCGCUACAAAAGUGAAGAAAUCGCAAGUAUGAAAGUAGAACUCGAAAAUAUGAAAAGUCUAUUCAUGCAAUUGAAGACUUGUUGCGAGUCAUCGGCGACAAAGAUCAAUGAAGAAGACAUUAAACGUCAAGCUGACGAAGUUUUCACUGGUUACUUUGGUGAUUCAAUUUCUAAACACGAUAUAGUCAGGAUAUUCCAAAUCAUGAAUUCGAAAAUUCAACAAGAAGAAUCGAAUUCUGUUGCUGAUCCUGAAAAUACAGCUUUAGGUAUCGAUGAAAUCAGACGAAUUGUCUUGGGAAUUCUAAAAAUUUACGAUGCUGACAAGACCGGUAAAGUUGAUUUUGCUUUGGAAUCAGCAGGUGGUCAGGUAAUAAGUACUCGUUGUACGCAGCGUUACAAUAUGCAUACGCGUGCCUUCAAGAUCUUGGGUCUAACGUUGUACUACGAAAGUAACAACCCACGUACGGUUAUUCAAGGAAACACCCUACAACCAGGAAUGUGCUGGGCUUUCCAAGAUUUUCCCGGUUACUUAUUAAUCAAAUUACGUAGCCCAAUUUUCGUUACUGGGUUUACUCUUGAGCACGCUCCCAAAGCUAAUCUCCCUAAUGGAGAAAUGAAGAGUGCACCAAAGAAAUUUAAUGUUUGGGGUUUGACAUCUGAGCACGAUGCAGAGCCCGUCAUGUUUGGAGAAUAUGAAUUUGUAGAUUCCAAUGAUAGUCUUCAAUAUUUCCCUGUACAAAAUACGUCUAUCACUUGGCCAUAUGAGUACGUCGAGUUAAGGAUACACAGCAAUCAUGGGCAGCUAGAUUACACAUGCUUAUACAGAUUUCGAGUUCAUGGUAACAUUGCAUGAUCUAGGGCCCAGCGUUUAAAUAGAACUAAACUUUUAUUCCCAUCGGUACCUCGCCGGCGGUUAUUCAUGAAUGCGCGAUCUUUGUAACGAUAACCUAUGUGCCUUGAAAACCAAAUAAUGACGGGAUCUAACUCGCGCCAUAUAAUUAAUACGCAUAAUUUUUUUUCACGCACCAACGUUAUACCGUAAUGUAUUUUUUAAGUAUAUCGAUUUAUUAAGGAAAAGACAGAUAUACCAUGUAAAAAGUGCGAAGAGUAUUUUUGUAUGAAUAACAUUUCUUAAUGUAUCUACUAUUAGUUUCUAAUUGAAAUCUGAGACUUUCUAUGGUUACCGUUUGUUUUUUAAAUAAUAGUAAUUUAAGUAACAAGCGCGUCAAGUAGUUGACCAGCAAUGCACAGAAGUGCGAGAGUGUGUCAUAGCCUAAAUGCAUAUUUUUUAUGCGCCAUCCAAAAACAAAUCGAAACGUUAUUUUCGAGUCUUAUUAGGAAAUAUUAUUGGACAAAUUCAAAGUUAUCGAUUUUGAGAUUGGUUUAAAAAUUGUCAAUACUUUUGAAUCAAAGCUAAGAUCAAUAACUAUGACAUUUAUUCCAGGUAUUAGUGAUACUCUUGUCGCUCAAUGCGGCUUUCAAGCCGGUCAAUAUACCGACGAAAAACAGUACAAAUCAUAAAACCACUUCUGAAUUUAGUAGUCUCUGUAAAUUGCCUUCUUCAUCUCUCUCUUGUAUAAUAGUAAUUCAUUAUAGAUGAGUGAUAUGUAUAAAAUGUUUAGUAUAAGUAUGUUUAUUUAUGAUCAAAAUAGUGCAGAAAAAAGUUGCCACGCAAAUUCAACUUUUGAUAUUUAAUGAAUGUUAAAAAUUCUAAUGUUCUCUAGAAAAAUAUGUUGUUUCGUGGCUAAAAUUUUAACACAAUCGAUGUGUACUUUAUUUAUCUCAGUAUCAAAUUUUAUAGUUGAUCUGAAUUAAUUUUUAUUGGAUCUUUAAUUUGGCGUGCAACUGGAGGACAAGCAUAUGUUCUCUGUCGAAAUUUUCAUUAGAAAGUAUUGAUAAUUCAAACUUUGCAUAAUUUUUUUUCUCUAGUUGAACAAUUGAAUCGUUUUUGAUUCACAACUCAUAAAUACGCUUGCUUCCUAUUAUUAUUAGUACUAUUAUUAUUAUUAAUAUUAUUAUUAGAACUUGCUUGAGUCAAACUAAUAGAGUUUUGUACUCUCUCGACUGAGAUUUUUAAUCACUUAUCACUGUAUCUUCAUUUGUGAAGAUUGGAAAUGAUCUUUAAGAAGGGAGCGUUGAAAUUUAUAAAUUUCACUGCUAAAUAUUUACCAUUUUAGAUUUUUUCACGUCGCAUGCAUAACAAUGAAAAAACCUUCUUUUUUGUUACUUAAGUGUUAUACUAUUAUGCACGCUUCCUACAUUGAAAUGUUACAGUUUAAUUUUUGUGAAUAAAUAAAAAAACACAGUUUACAUUA